CGGCGCAGAGCCCGCACGGCGUCCGUCCAGGUCAACUGGUUUUAUCGCGUCGUCCGUUGCGCGUUUUUCUUUCUUUAAAAUAAUAAUAAUAAUAAAAAAACGUUUUUCCGUUGUUACCUACCGUCGUUAUAACACUUCGCACGACUACCGAACGCAGUGCGGUGCCGCGUGUAAGACAGCGUGCAGGUGUUCGUCGAUCGGCUGUUGGUUUAUUUUUUUUUUUCAUUUUCGGGCGCCGUGCAAUACGCACGACGGAUCAUCGCCGCCCGUAUAAUAUUUUAAUAUUAUUGUACUGCAGGAGCCCGGUGGUCGUCGGGCUCGGUAAACGGACGUGGUACGAGUGUUUUCUCGCUAUACCGUGGCCGUUCGUUUUCGUUGCGAUUUAUUUUUCGGCACACCUGUUGCCCCUCACCCCCGCGUCAGUGGUGCGAUAAUCUUAUUUUUCCGUCGGUUUUUCGCGCUAUGCGUAUCGCGACGAUUGUUGCGGACACCGCGACGACGUCGAUCGAGGCGGCCGCUGCUGUGGCGACGGCUAGUCGGUAAACGAGAGCUGUUGUUCCGUGCCGACGACGUUUAUAGUUUUGACAUCGCGGAACCUACCUACGGGGUUACCCACCGCUCGUUUCGUAACGGUCACCGUACGCCGUCGAUAUGCUGUGCGCCGAGGAACUGAUCGGCGGCAUCGACGAGGCGGACGCGUCGGCGUUCAAGUCGCCCAUCCGCAGACUCGGCUCCACCAGGAAGAUACUGUACUUCAACAAUAUUCGCCUCCAGCUUAACGAACAUCUACGAUGUCUAGACAGUCGAGUGGAGGCACAAGUAUCUUUAGUUUCCGAACUUCAAGAUUAUUUCAGAAGGCGGGCCGAGGUAGAAAUGGACUACAGCAAAAGCCUGGAUAAGUUAGCUAAAAGUUUACAACUUCGCCACAAAGAACAAAAACAAAAGAGAGAACAGUGGUCGUUGUUUACUAGCUACUCGUGUUGGCAGCAACUGGUGUUGCAAACAAAAAAUCUCAGUAAAGAUCACGGAGCGCUUAGUGAGCUUUAUUCCACUCAUCUAGUCAGCAGAUUAUCUCAGGUCACUGAAGAUGUGCAAAGGAUAUAUAAACGAUGUCGGGAGAUUUGUUACGAAAUCCACGAGGAAAUAUUACGGGUUCUCCACGAACUGCAUACCACCAUGAAAACGUAUCAGUCGUAUCAGACCGAAGCCAAACAGGCAGAAGCGAAGCUUAAAGUGGCCGAAAAUCAAAGACUGAAAAUCGAACAGGCAGUUCCUAAAGAAAAACUAGACAAGUCGAAAAAAGUUAGACUUAUUGGCAAAGAAGUUCAAAAAAGAAAGAACAAAUACUUUGAUGCUAAAUUAAAAGCAUUGAAAGCACGCAACGAAUACAUUCUGUGUCUGGAAGCAACCAACAGUACAGUGCACAAAUACUUUGUCGAUGACUUAUCCGACUUAAUGGAUUGCAUGGAUUUUGGAUUUCACCACUGCGUGACGAAAGCUUUAAAGAUGCAGACAUCGGCGGAAGAAGGCCGUAUUCAUUCCAUGCAAGCUGGCCUAGACGCUACUAAUCUUAUUGUCUCAGCUAUGGACUCCGGUGUGGACAAACAACGAUUUUUAGAAUUUAACCACACCGCGUUUAUGAUACCUAAGAAAUUUGAAUUUCAAGGACAAAAAGAUGAGUAUGCGGAACCGGAAUUGCAAAAAUUGCUCUGCGCUGAUAUGGAAACGAGGUUGGAACAGCUGAAUCAAAGAGUUACGAGCCUGCACACGGAGUCCGACGAGGUGUGGAAAACACUGGCUACGGCUGAAAAAACUCUUUUGGAGAUGCUUACUGCGAACGAUUACGACUGUAGCAAUUAUUUCGGCGAAAAGGCAAUUCCGACAAGCAAACCACCAGAAACCAUUAGUAUUAAGCUGCGAGCAGACAAACACGAGACUGAAGAAUUUUAUCUAACCAAAUUACGCGAUUAUCUCAUGAGAACGAGUCGAAUCGUACGUCUAGAUGCCAAACAACAGCACAUAAACGAAACGUUAACAUCCAUAUGUUGCAAGCGUCCCCAAAAUGGCAACGUCGAUUCGACGCCCGCUAAACUGACGCCUCAGCGUCCGUUACACAAGCCGAUUGUCCGCAGGAAAAGGAUUGGUAGGUUACAGAUGAACGGCCAACCGAAAUUGUUCGGUGGAUCUCUGGAAGAAUACUUGGAUGCGACAAAUCAAGAGAUACCACUGGUCAUUAAGAGCUGUAUUCGAGUGAUAAACUUAUACGGACUUCACCAUCAAGGGAUCUUUAGAGUGUCUGGCUCGCAAGUGGAAAUUAACAAUUUUAAAGACGCGUUCGAAAGGGGCGAAGAUCCACUUGCUGACAUGACAGACGCUUCUGACAUAAAUUCCGUCGCGGGAGUGUUGAAAUUAUACUUACGUGAACUGCGAGAACCUCUGUUCCCAAUUAUCUAUUUUGAUCAAUUUAUGGAGCUUGCCCAACUCGAGUCACGCCAUAAAUUUGUGUUGAAGAUUAAAGAACUUGUUCAAAGCUUUCCAAAUCAAGUGGUUGUCAUGUUGAGAUAUUUGUUUGCAUUCCUAAACCAUUUGUCCGAGUUCAGCGACGAAAACAUGAUGGAUGUUUACAAUCUGGCUAUUUGUUUUGGUCCGACAUUAGUGCCGGUUCCCGAAGAAAAAGACCAAGUUCAGUACCAGAACCUGGUCAACGAUCUCAUAAAAAAUAUUAUUUUAUUCCACGAAGACAUAUUCCCAUCGCUGUCGGAUAUUGGCGGGCUCGUGUACGAAAAGUACAUAUCCCGCGAGCCUGAUGACGUGGAUGUGGGCGAUUCACCUUCUGACCAUGCCCAAGAGGACAUCGACUCUGAGGUUUACCCAUCAGAAGACGAAUGCGAAAGUCUCGAAGCUACAGCACAGCAUGAUUUUGUUGCUCGUUCAGAACGGGAAUUAAGCUUCAAGAAGGGUGAAACUAUUGCUCUUCAUACACAAGUUUCAGGAGAUUGGUGGCGCGGUUGUGUCAACGGUCGAGAAGGUCUUAUACCUGACAAAUAUAUUCUUCUCAAGAUCAGGGACGAAGAACGCGAGAAACCCUUGGCCGAACUUUGCGCCAAGUCCAUCACGUCCUCGGACGAUUCGACCAGACGACGGACGUCCAGCUCUAACGAUUCGGUGCUGUCCGAGUCCGCGGCCUCCGGUUACUCGUCACCGCCGCUGGCCGACGUGCCGUGGCCACCGAAUUCUGCGGGCUCUGGCCCCCCCUCUGCGGGCAGGAACUCAGCGUCGUCUUCGCCACACCGCCGGGCUGUGCCCGACGCGCCCACUCACGAGAUGGGCAGCACGGACAGCUUGGACUCGGGGAAGGACUCGGCGGUGGACGAACAGUCGCCGCUGCACGACGGCGUGACGAGGACCGCGUACAGGCAGCCACCGUCGUCGAUCGCGGACGGGCGGCGAAGGCGCGGAGACAAGACGUACUCGACGUCGUCGCCGCCACCGGUAGCAGCCGUCCGCGAACACCACAACCGGUCAAAGUCGGCCGACUGCUGCGGCGUCGGUGCUGCCGGCAGUGACGAAGACGGUUCGCGGGCCAAAACUCACGCGAAGAGCUUGAGCUUGGGCGACGACUCGUUCGACCACAAGAUCCAGCUGUGGCGGAAGCGGGCCGACUCGCAGGGGUCCAUCGACCGGAAGCCGAUGCCCGCCGUCCGACACCAGCUCCAACAACAGCACCACUGCGCCGCCGCCGCCGACAUGAAGGUUCCCGGCGGCGCCCCGGACCUGGUCAUGGACCUUCCGGCCAGGACUUCCGGCGGCGGCGGAGCGUCGGCGCCACAGGACGCGAGCGCCGCGGCGGUCGCCACCCAAGAACCCGACAGUCCGGACAUGGGCACGGCCGCCGAGCGUUUCGCCAAGCAGAACCAGUGCACGUUGAAGAAGUACAGCAAACCGGUGCCCGCGGUGCCGCAGAUGGCCAACGGCGGCGACAAGCCCGAACUGCCGCCCAAGUCGACCAAGCCGCCGCUCAAGGCCAAGCCCCAGAUAUUCAAAAAACCCGUAUUUCUCGCCGCCGGUAAGGCCAACGACGGGCAGGCGCCGCCGCACGUUUAGCGCCGUGUCUAAGCGCGUGUAGUGGUCGCUAAGUAUGUGUAUAUACCACGACUUACGUCUACAACUCACUUCCGGUGUCGCGAAUUCCGGGAUUCUGGUUUUCGAGCGCAACACUUUUUUAACGUCUCAUCCCUGACGGACGUACGACGGCUGACGACGGACAACGAUAAUUAAGUCUAUAUACUUGUAUUUGUAUAUUUUUUUUUUGCAUACCAUUAAGUAGGUAGGAGUUUCCUGCUCCCUCUAGUGACUGUUCCCCGAGAUCUUCCUUAGACGUUACACUACUGACACUCGUCAACCCACCUGUUUAGCAUACCGUAUAUGCUAUACUAGUACUAUAAUAGUAGGUAGGUAUAUAUUAUGUCGUCCAAUCGAAUCCGUUGGUCAAACAUAUAUUAUAUACAAGUUCGACGAUCGUCCUUGUAGUAUCCUCCCUAUAUAAUAUUCACCGCUAUUGACGCGAUCGUUUUUUAUAUAUCCUGCGUUACGACGUCGUUAUACAUAUACCUAUACGCAUAUAUAAUGAUAUAAUAUAUUAUAGUCUUCGAUAAACGGAGUCAUUCCUUUUUUAAACCAUUCUUUUUAAAAUAUAAUAUUAUAUAUAUAUAUAUAUUCAUUUAAACAUUAUUUUUUAUUGAUAAAUAUCAUAAUAUAUAUAUACAUACUAUGAUUACAUUAUUACAGAUAAUCAUUACAAGUCUAUGUGUGAAUUGAACUAUUUGUCGUUGGUGUGCGUGUGUGCUUUCUACGUCCCAGAGUGUUUACGAAAACAAAUACAAAUAAUCAUAUUUACUAAAUCGAACCUGAUCUCAUAUUAUAUUAUAUUAUUAUAAUAAAGUAUACACCAAUUAUUAUUCGAAGUUACUACUACAUAGAUUCUGCGAACGGAGUUUUUAUGCGACAACGCGAAGGCCUAAUAUUUUUUAUCGAUUUACGCUCAAGUCGCGUUUGAAUACUAAAUAUAUGUGUACGUAAAAGUAAUUCAACUAGCGCCUGUUUAGUUUGUCCGGACAUUUUUCUAUCGAGGCCGUCUUGAAUAGCACUCAUUCUGAAACGCUCUCGGCGAGACCUGCCACGGACGUCUGAAUUCCGAGAGGAUCGCACCGCGCCGCUCCCACGUGGACAAUAAAAACGUAAUGAAUUGUCGAGCUCAUUGAAUUGCGUCGAGACUGAAAAUAUUUUCGUGCUUUUACCCUUUUUGCAAGUGGAACGAGACUGAUUGUAUAGUAUUUUAUGAAGAGAUCAUGAGAAUAUAUAGGAUUUGUAGAUUUUGUUUUGUACGUGGAAUUCAAAGGGGAAAAAUGUAAGCCAAACUUUAUAUUUAAGAAAUUUCCAAAUAAAUUGGUACCUGUGUCAAAUUUAAUGUUCCGUUCCGUUUUUAACUGAUCUGAUCGCAUACAAUAUUAUUUACUCAUUGUAAGGUAAACUCUCGCCAGGACACCAACAAUAUUACACUGGAAUAAUAAAAUGAUUAUUGCAGAUACUAAGGGAGGGCCAUGUUUUGUAGGAAUUAGAAAUAGGUAUAACUUCCCUCAUCCAAAAAAAAAAAAAAAAAUCCCUAUGAGAAGUUAUUUACCACUAUGAAAUUAUUUCGUUUUGUAUUACACUAUUAACAUAUUAUUAUAUAUAUAUAUAUUAAUUAUUAGCUAUAAAAUCUAAUAUUACACACAUUCCCUUCUAAUAAAAUGGCCCUCCUUCAAUUUUUAAUCCUUGUUCCGUGCCAGAAUUUAUUUCCUUUUCGAAAUUUUAUAAUUCUUAAUCAAUUAAAAUAUAUUAUACCCCUUUAUAUAUAUAUAUAUAUAUAUACAUGUAUUUGAUAUAAAAUAAUAUGUUAUCUAAGCGUACUUCCCGAAAAGAUUUUGCGUACUUGCAUCAAAAUCGUAUUAUUAUUUAUUUAUUUAUUUUAAUUUUUAAACAUUGUUGUAAUAUUAUUUGUAUAUUAUUAUUAUUAUUAUUAUUAUUAUAUUUUAUGUUGCUAUACUUUGGGCGGGUAAAUAUUAUGUUAACGUGUGUGUAACGACUUGUAAUCGCCAACAUAUUGGCCAACUAAAUUGUAUUUUUCAUUUUGAUAUUGUUUCAAAACCGUUAUUUUAUACGUGAAUUCAUUAUUUUAUGUCGACAGGGUGAUACCAUAAACAUACUCGUCCUCCGCCAAGAUUUGCGAUUAAUGUAAAAUUAUUCUACCCAUAUAAGUAUUUUUUUAAACGAUUAUUAUUGCAUUGUUGAUAUAUUAUGUUACGAUCCGCGUAUAAAAUUCUAAAAAUAAAGAAAAAUGAUUUAUUUUUACGCUAAAAAAAAAUAACGUUUGAUAUUGCUUAAAAAUAUUCCCCACAAACAUACAUUAUAUUAUAUACUGAAUAGAUGUACCCGCGUGACGUUUUGUCGAAAUAUAAUAACUAUUUUCGUUCCUAUAUCAUAAAUAAUAUUAUGUAACAUAGCUAGUCCAAUGCCGAUUCGGUUGCCAAACGUUCCCCUAUUUUUGUACGCGCUCCCGAUUUGUGUCUCGUGUACGCGAAAUGUCUUGUUUUUAUUUAUAUAAAAUAUGUACGAUAAUAUAUUCUAGUAUUCUCUAUCCAACUGUCAUUAUACAUCUGUCUCUAUCUGUAUAUCUCCGUACACGUUUAAUGUAUUUAAUAAAUAACAUUAUAUAUUAAUAA